CAAACCUACAGCAAGGAACUACUACAGCCCUUGGGUUAUGUAAAGCCCCUUGUUACAUUAGGCAACCACAGUCAAAGUCUACGCCUUUAUGUUGUAAGGAAUGGAGGUCCUCCGCUGUAUGGAAGGGACUGGAUCAAAGCCCUGGGCAUGCCUCCUUUUACCAUUGGCCAAUGUACAUUGCUUUCUAAAGUAGACCAUUGGGUGGAAUCCCUGAAGUCACGUUUUAAAGAGGUUUUUGAGGACUCUUUGGGCACCGUAAAAGGAAAGAUGGCCCACCUCCUCUUGAAGCCUGGUGCUACACCUCGUUUUUGUAAGGCAAGAUCAGUACCUUUUGCCUUGCGGAAAAAAGUGGAAGCAGAGCUGGACCACCUAUUGGCUGAAAAGAUCAUAACGAAAGUGGAUAGAAGUGAAUGGGCAUCACCAAUUGUGCCUGUCAAGAAAAAGAAUGGAGACAUUAGGAUUUGUGGUGAUUUCAGGGUAGCUCUGAACAACCAACUUCUUGUGGAUCAAUACCCAUUGCCUCGACUUGAAGAUUUAUUUGGCUCACUGGCUGGGGGGCAAAAGUUUACAAAAAUAGACUUAAAGCAAGCUUACCUGCAACUGCAAGUACACCCAGAUUCACGCCAUCUGUUGACCAUUAACACUCAUAAAGGAUUAUUCCAGUAUAACCGCAUGGUUUUUGGCAUAGCCCCAGCUCCAGCCAUCUGGCAGCGGAUCAUGGAUGAGGUACUGGCAGGAAUACCUUUCACCCAAUGUCUACUGGAUGACAUGCUCAUCACUGGUCCCACUGAUGAAGAACACAGAAAGAAUGUUGAAGCUGUGCUAGGGAGACUCCAAAAGUAUGGUUUACGUGUCAAUCUGUCAAAAUGCGAAUUUCUCAAGUCUCAACUGGAGUUUUGUGCCCACACGGUGGACCGUCAUGGGUUACACACUACUGAAGAAAAGGUUAAAGCCCUUACCCAUGCCCCUACCCUCCGGAAUGUCACCCAGCUCAGGUCCUACCUUGGCCUCCUAAAUUACUACCACCGUUUCUUGCCGAACCUAGCGCACCAGCUCUAUCCAUUACAUCGCUUACUGGAUGCAAGAGCUAAAUGGAUAUGGACAGACAAAUGUGAAGAAGCUUUUCGGCUUUCUAAAGAACUCAUUCUGUCUUCUCGAGUUCUGGUCCACUAUGAUUUAAAGAAACCCGUCAUCCUGGCUUGUGAUGCCUCGCCUUAUGGACUGGGUGCAGUGCUUUCUCAUGUCAUGCCGGAUGGCACGGAGCGCCCCAUUUCUUUUGCCUCCAGGUCUUUAACCUCAGCAGAACAAAACUACUCCCAGAUUGACAAAGAAGCUUUGGCCAUUGUAUGGGCCACAAAAAAAUUUCACGCGUACGUCUAUGGUCGGGAGUUCACACUUAUCACUGACCACAAACCUCUGUUGUCAAUACUGAACCCUCAGAAAGGAAUUUCUACAACAACCGCAUCUCGCUUACAAAGGUACGCUUUAUUUUUAGGAGCUUAUGCUUAUUCGAUCAGAUACCGCUCCCAUGAUACCCAUAGCAAUGCUGAUGCAUUUUCCAGAUUGCCACUAAGAGAUGACCACCCACUAAGAGAGGUACGUGUAGUGGAAGUACACAGGCCACAAUCUUGCAUGUCCACCUCCCUGAUUGCCAGACAUACAGCCACAGAUCCUUUCCUGUCUCAGAUAUUCUCUUAUGCUCAGACUGGAUGGCCAGGGAGUGUUUCAGGUGACUUUCGUCCGUACUUUGCCAGAAAAUGUGAGCUUGUGACUAAUGCUGGUUGCCUACAAUGGGGCAAUAGAGUGAUUAUACCCCAGUACUUGCAAUCAACCAUGCUACGGAUACUGCAUGAAGGCCAUCCUGGUGUGGUGCGCAUGAAGCAGCGGGCCCGGAGCUAUGUUUGGUGGCCACAAAUGGAUACAGCAAUUGAAGAUUAUGUUGCUCAAUGUCCUGGGUGCUGUCAAGCCCAGCGACCCCAAAAGAGAGGAACCCUGCAACCUUGGCCAUGGCCAACAGAACCGUGGUCCAGACUCCAUCUUGAUUUUGCUGGCCCCAUCCAGGGUAAAAUGUAUUUGAUCGUGGUAGAUGCACAUUCGAAAUGGCCGGAGGUUUUUCAAAUGCCUUCUAUUACCUCAGCUGCUACCAUUCUAGUCUUAAGGAAGCUCUUUGCUCAAUUUGGCUUGCCUACAGCCAUAGUCUCCGACAAUGGAACUCAAUUUACAUCGCAUGAGUUUCAAUCCUUCCUUAGUGGUUUGGGUGUCCAACACUACAAAACAGCUCCUUAUCAUCCAGCUUCAAAUGGGCUGGCAGAACGAUUUGUGCAGUCAUUUAAGAAGCACUUACUGUCCACUCUGGACCAGGUUGGACUGUCAGAAGAGAAGCUGCUGGAAUUCUUGAUCAUGUACCGUAACACGAAACACGCUACUACUGGGCUGUCACCGGCUUUUCUUAUGUUUGGCAGGCAUCUCCGCACCAAACUUGAUUUAGUUCGUCCGCAGGAGCAGUCACCAACACCUCCUCCGCCGGGCCGUCUGGGAUUCCGUGCCGGUGAUCUUGUAUGGUCUCAGAAUUACAGAGCUUUGCCUCCUUGGCUUCCUGGUGUUAUUGAUGGAACUCUUGGCAGAAGGCAUUUGUGUUCGGCGACACCUUUCACAAUUGAGGAAACGCAUUUGCCGGCCACUAGUGACAAAACCGACCCUUCUUUCUGA